AUGGCCGACGAAACACCAACACCGACCAUGAUUUCCAACCCUUUUCAUCUUGCUCAUGCCAUAUCCAACAUCAAAGCUCUUAUUCCUGUUACCCUGGAUAUUAAAAAUCCGAACUAUCAAAAGUGGAGUCAUUUCUUCAUCAUCACCGCAGGCCGUUUCUGCCUCACCGAUCUGCUUCUCGGAAACGCAAAGCCCACCAACAUCUCCGCCGACGAAUGGCAACGCGCGGAUUACCUCCUCCAAUCUUGGAUCUAUGGCACCAUCACCGAGGACCUCUCAAGCAUGGUCCUCUCCAAAACCGCAAAGGCUCCUGAUCUGUGGAAGGCCCUCGCUUCUCUCUUUACAGACAACGAAGACUAUCGGGCCAUCCAACUCGAAGAACAGUUCAAAUCCCUCAAGAAAGGAUCUCUUUCGAUCCAUGACUAUUGUCAACUUCUCAAAACCACUGCCGACAACUUGGCAGACGUCGGCAACCCCGUGUCAGACAAGCAACUCGUCCUCCAAACCCUCCACGAUGGAAGAACAGCGCAUCGCUGA